UUUUUUUAGUUCGAGAGUUGAAACUAGUCGGUACUGUAAAAUCGAACUGCAAAAAGUGUAAAGCUGAUUCUCCGUGUAGAGGAUCUGACAGCUUGUUUAUUCUUGAAUUUUCGUGUAGUCGAGCAACAAAGGCUAUUCGCAACAAAAAAAUCGAUUAUCGUAGCUAUGUCGUCUAAACGCAAAUCUGAGCCGACAAAGAAAAGCGUUAAGCGGAAUAAAUCAAAAGUAGAGGACGAUUACGAAUCUGAUCUGAGCGAUGACGGCCAAAACAAUGCGAUUGUAACAGAGGUUCUGCUACAACCACACGAAGAGAUGGAAAUGUUACCAGAACCAUUACUUAAAACGUUUGAUAAGGAACCCGGCAGGUUACUGAUUGCUGGAAUGGUUACAUGGGAUAUGACUGGACGGAAAACUUCGGCGAAAGGAGUCAUGAAAAUCCGUCCUAAUUUGUACACAUUCCAUCGUUUUACAACUGAUAUGUAUCGUUCGGCAGUAAGCGGAUGUAGCUCGGCUCAUUCCGUUUUGAUAAACAUGAAUCGGAAAGCGCUAGCCUUUGGUCGUAACCAGCAUGGGCAACUUGGUCAGUCUGAUUUAGCAACAAUUGAAAAGCCGACUUUGGUCGCAGGUCUUGAGGAGUUCAAUAUUAUUCAGGCAGCUUGUGGUAGAAACCACACAUUGUUUCUUACUGAUACUGGCUGUGUCUACGCCUGUGGUGACAACAAGAGUGGCCAGUGUGGCGUCGGCAACACUCAGCCGAUUAUUUCUAAAGCUACACGCCUCAACUAUUCUGGACCACCAAUCAUCAAAGUUGGAUGCGGAGCAGAUUUUUCUAUGAUUUUGGAUAUUAAAGGUAACUUGUAUUCGUUCGGAUUGCCAGAAUACGGCCAGCUUGGCCAUAAUACCGACGGAAAGUAUUUCUUGACAUCCACUAAGAUGUCGUUUCAUUUUGAGACAUCACCAAAACAAAUUGUUUUGUACGUUGAAAAGACUAAAGAAGGUCAUGUUACCCCCAUGGAAGAUAUCAGAAUUGUAGACUUUGCAUGUGGCAAUAACCACUCGGUUGCCAUUGAUUCUAAAAAUCGAGCUUUCAGCUGGGGUUUUGGUGGUAUUGGACGCCUUGGACAUGCCGAACAAAAGGAUGAAAUGGUCCCAAGGUUGAUAAAGUUUUUCGACGUCCAGAAUCGAAAAGUACUACGUGUCUAUUGCGGGUAUUCGUACAGCCUAGCGACUACCGAUAUAGGAACUCUUUUUUUGUUUGGACAAAACAAAAAAACUGGUGAAGCCAACAUGUACCCUAAACCUGUUCAGGAUCUGGCAGGCUGGAAUAUUACCAGCAUUGGAACAAGCAACACAUCCAUUGUCAUUUCUGCAGAUGAUUCAUUGAUUGCAUGGGGGGCAUCGCCGACUUAUGGAGAAUUGGGUCUUGGAGAUCUUCAGAAAUCGUCUUCUACGCCGAAAACAGUCUCCAGGAUGGAAGGAAUGAAAAUAUCUCAGGUUUCUAUGGGAUAUUCGCACACCCUACUGCUAGCUAACGUCGAUCAUGAAUUUACCAAACAGAAAAUUGAAACAUUCCAAGAAUUCACUACGGAUUAAGUUUUGUUUUUGCGAUUCUCAACUAUUCAUUUCAGAGUAAAUGAUUCUCUCUCUCUGUCAACUCACAUCUAAAAGUAUCACCUUUUUUACCAUCAGAACUGAUUUUGUGUGUGGACUGAACUGCUAAUAAAACUCAAAUUUGAAAUAA